GUCAGAGGGUCGUGGGCGCGGCUGGCAGGGUAGGGAGGACCGGCAUAUCGGGUCCUGUCAUGGUGAGGAACAAGUGAGGGAGGGGCAGCGCUAUGCGGCCGUGGCGAGGUUAGCUCUAACAUCGGAGAGAGCCUCUCUGCCACCAUGGACAGGGCCCAGCGUCUGCGCCUCAUACUGCAAGGACUCAUAUGGGCCUGGAUCUACCGGCAUGUGGACGCAGCAAGGGGCAGUCUGUUGGAGGCGGUGGGCGUGGCGGGACAGCCACUGGGCGUGCUGGAGACCCGGGGUAUGUGUGACAGCCGCCCAGGAGACCCAGGGGGACCUGAUGUAGCAUACAAGGUCACCGAACAGGCAGUCCUCACCGUACCCACCGCCAACCUCUUCCCCGGAGAGUUUCCUGAAGACUUCAGUAUAAUGGCGACGCUGCGGCCCGAGCAAGGAUCAACCUCUGUGCUUUUCGGUCUGUACUCCGACGCUGGCGAGGACCAGAUACUGGUUGAAGUGGGAGGAACCAUCAAGCUCUUCUACCAGGACGUCAACAACAACCCCAAGGAGGGGAACACUCUGGAGUUCGGCGUGGCGAUUAAUGACGGAAAGUGGCACAGACUGGGACUGAGCGUGAAGGGGAACAGCGUGACGCUGCUGGUGGACUGUGAGACCACUACCACCCACAAACUGCCCAGGGACUCCCCGUCACACGUCUCCAACGCCGGCAUCAUCCUCCUCGGACAGCAACUCCUCGAGGCCAAGUUCUUCGCCGGUGACAUUCAACAACUGGACAUCGUGUCGGGUCCCGAAGCUGCAUACGAUCACUGCAAGAGCUACAUGCCCGACUGCGACCAGGAACUCCCCGAUCAGACCUUCCUGGGCUCCACCCACCUCGAGUACGCUGGCGGCAACGACGACGAGACCGUCUACUCCUUAGACACCGUCGACACCACCACCACCGAGUCUUACGAAACUGAGAACCAGACUUCUGCUGAUUACGAUGCCGCCGCCGCUGUGAGCUUUGUUCCACCUGGGGUGCUGAGAGGUUACCCAGGGCCACCGGGUCCUCCAGGUUUCCCGGGUCCUAAGGGUGACCCUGGCAGAAGCGGUAUUCCCGGGACGGACGGAAUAUCUGGUCCACCUGGACACGUCUUCAUGAUCCCGCUCAAUCUUCAAGGCAACGAGAAGGGUCCUGACCAGAUGCUGGAGCAAUUUCAACAGCAGCUCUCUCAGCACAUGAUGGCCAUGCAGGGAGUGGCUGGUCCCAGGGGUCUUACAGGUCUGCCCGGACCUGAAGGUCCUCAGGGAGAUUCCGGUCUCAAGGGAGAACCAGGAGACAUGGGAGAACCGGGCCCGAGAGGUAUGCGGGGCCAGUUAGGUCGACUAGGGCAACGAGGCCGACGAGGACGACCAGGUCGAGACGGGGAGCGAGGUCUCUCAGGGAUACCUGGGACCAAGGGAGACGCAGGUCUCAGAGGACUACCAGGUGUGCCCGGGGAGAAAGGUGACCGUGGCGUAGUUGGAGUCCCGGGCGAGGCAGGUCUUACAGGUCACGAUGGCAUGCCAGGUGAACCUGGGUCUCCAGGUGUCCCUGGUCUCCCAGGAGAGAUGGGUCCUCGAGGAUUCAUUGGGCCGCGAGGUUUCCCUGGCUUGCCAGGUGCCCCGGGCAUCCCUGGCAGCGAGGGUGCCACUGGACCCGAGGGAGACGCUGGACCCCCUGGACAGCCGGGGCCUCCUGGUCAAUCUGGUCCCACUGGGCCUGUCGGUCCACCGGGACCCCAAGGUCUUCUAGGUCCUCCAGGUCCUUCUGGCCCUCGUGGAAAGCCUGGUUUACCUGGUUUAGUCGGAGCUGAUGGUUUACCGGGCCACAACGGCAACCCAGGAGCCAUCGGUUCCAAGGGUGACAAGGGACCUGUUGGACCUCAGGGCCCACUUGGGUUCCCAGGUCCUCGCGGAGUGAAGGGUGACCAGGGCAACAGAGGCCUUCAAGGAGAAAAAGGAAACAAGGGCGAACACGGACCAGACGGGCCCAAGGGAGACAUAGGGGUCAAGGGAGAGCGUGGAGAGGUUGGCCCUGAAGGCCAAAUCGGCCUUGAAGGACCUGAGGGACCGAAGGGUUUCGAAGGUCCUCGUGGCGAAACAGGUCCACCGGGUUCCCACGGAGAGAAAGGCAAGCUGGGAGUUCCCGGCUUCCCUGGCUACCCAGGUCCUCCUGGAGACAAAGGUGACAAGGGUUCUCCUGGUCUCCUGGGAAGAGUCGGGGACAAAGGAGAACGAGGUAACCCCGGGGUGGCAGGCGAGCGUGGAGAACAAGGACCCAGGGGCUUCCGUGGCUCUCGAGGACGGAGAGGAAAAACCGGACUUUCUGGACCGAAGGGCGACACUGGCCAACCAGGACCCCCAGGACCCAACGGUGAACAAGGCGGCCAGGGUCCUGAAGGACCUCCUGGCUUCUCUGGAGCCUCAGGUCCUCCAGGGAUUGACGGGAAGGAUGGCAUUGCUGGACCUCCUGGAGAACGAGGACCACCAGGUGAGCCAGGAAACCAAGGCCCAAUAGGACCUCCUGGCGUAGUGGGUCCAGUGGGUCCUUCCGGCGAAUCAGGUCCUACAGGAGAACCAGGUCCCCCUGGUUCUCCAGGCGUCCCCGGCGAGGAAGGCAGACCAGGUGAAGCUGGGAAGGAAGGACCACCAGGACCCAUGGGAUCUCCAGGCAAGAUUGGACCAGUAGGACCCCCAGGGCUGCCAGGCUUCCCUGGAGAACGAGGUCUCUCUGGCAUCCCCGGCGCCACAGGUCUCAAGGGCGAGAUGGGCCCCCCUGGCCCUGCCGGAGCCCCAGGAGACAAAGGGGCAACCGGCCUGGCAGGGAAUCCAGGACCUCAAGGCCCCACUGGCAAGGACGGGCCCCCGGGUGCUCGCGGUUCGUCAGGGGCCAAAGGAGAGCGAGGUGAUCAAGGAGCGCCUGGACCCACUGGAAGAGAUGGACUCCCAGGCCCACGAGGUCUGCCUGGCGCCCCUGGACCGGUUGGAGAACCAGGUGAGGACGGUGACAAGGGCGAGGCUGGACCCCCUGGUGAGAAAGGCUUCAAGGGCGGCAAGGGACUGCAGGGUCCUCCGGGUCCUGCAGGGCCUCAGGGUCUGCGAGGAGCCCCGGGAGCUCCCGGUGCUCCAGGAGAGCGUGGAGCACCAGGAAGAAUGGGUCGAACGGGCAGGAAAGGCGAGGAUGGACCCCAGGGUCUGCCCGGACCUGCCGGCCCCGCAGGAGUACAAGGAAUGCCCGGAGCAUCAGGGCCAAAGGGUGAAAAGGGCGACAUAGGCAAGCGAGGGCUCCCUGGAUCACUGGGUCCCACUGGUGAAGCUGGACAAGUCGGAAGCAAGGGAGCUACUGGCUUACCCGGUCCCACUGGUUUAGACGGUCCACAAGGGGAGAAAGGAGAAAACGGCCCACCUGGAGUACCUGGUCCACCCGGCAAUGAUGGAGAACACGGAAAAAUAGGUCCCCCUGGACCCAAGGGAGAAGAAGGAAAGCCCGGACCACAAGGCUCACCAGGGAUCCGAGGACCGAUUGGCCCUGCUGGACCGAAAGGAAAUGCUGGACCACCUGGUUUCCCCGGACCACAUGGGGAACCCGGCAAGCAAGGACCGAAAGGAGUUCCAGGAAAGGACGGAGACGACGGAAAGCCAGGAGAGACAGGUCCUCCUGGAGAGACAGGUGCACCUGGACAAAUGGGUCUUCCUGGAGCCAGUGGCAAACCUGGUCCAGAAGGUCCAGCGGGUCAGCAGGGUCCAUCAGGUUUGCCAGGGGAGAAAGGUGACCGAGGCUUGAUUGGCCCAGCUGGACCAAUUGGACCAACAGGAUCACAAGGCUUGCCUGGCCCUCAAGGUCAACCUGGUCUCCGAGGAUCACCAGGACCUGCUGGAGAGGUUGGUGUACCGGGCAAGGAGGGCAAGAUCGGCCAACCCGGCCUCCCUGGAAACCCUGGACAAAAGGGCCAAAAGGGACGACGAGGAAGAAGAGGACCAAAAGGCCACCGAGGAGAAAUGGGAAUAGCAGGAGCGAAGGGAGAGAUGGGCGAGAAGGGAGAACCUGGUAUGAAGGGCCCUCAGGGUCCUCCUGGAAUCAAGGGUGAAUCGGGCCCCCUCGGUCUAGUUGGAAACAAGGGCGCAGAUGGUCCUCAGGGUCUUCCUGGAUUGGUUGGUCCUCAUGGGCCAAAGGGUGUACCAGGUUCCACAGGACCGAAGGGAGAGACUGGUCCGUCAGGUCCCCCAGGUCCCCCCGGACCCCCAGGAGAACUACCUCUACUACCCCCUGAACUGCUCUUCCAGCGUGAUGCUCCGUAUGAUCCUGAAGACUCCGGACGUUUCAAGAGAGAGGCCAAGCUUGAUGACGACUGUAGGAUAGGCGAGGUGUGCGAGCCCACUUCUCAGCCUGAAAACCCCUUCUCUCCCGGGCUUGGGAGAAGCCGAGUGGGUAGGCGACGAAGACCCAGUCCCACUCAAGUGGAGAGACGGAAGAAGCUCCGAGGCAGAAGACAUCGGAAUAAAACUGGUCGACAAUCUGAUGGUGGUGUUAGGAAGCUCAGCGGCAGCGGCGGCAGCAGCGGCAGCAGCGGCGGUGACAGCGGCGGUAUCAUCGGCGGCGGCAUCAUCAACAGCGGUAAGAAGCGGCAGAAGGGAGAGGCUCCUGACGAUUUCGACGUGAAGCUGAUGGACAUGUACACUAACAUCUACACCAUGAGGCAAGACUUGGAGCGCAUGAAGAAACCCAUUGGAACGAAGGAGAAUCCCGCAAGGACCUGCAAGGACCUCUACUACGGACACCCCAAGUUCAAAGACGGCUGGUACUGGAUCGACCCCAACCUUGGCAUGCCAGACGACGCUGUGUACGUCUUCUGCAACAUGACGGUGUUUGGGGAAACGUGCGUCUUCCCCGACGUCCACUCCUCCAAAAUCAUCAACAUCCCUUGGAGGACGGCCAGGGAGGACGCUUGGUUCUCAGACCUCAGGGGCGGAUUUAAGAUCACUUACGAGACCACUGGGGUGGUCCAGAUGACCUUCUUGAGACUGCUGUCUUCCAACGCCUACCAAAACUUCACGUACACCUGCGUUCAAUCCAAGGCCUGGUUCGACGAGGACAACCUCAACCACAACAAAGCCAUCAAGCUCAUGGGUCAGGACGAACAGAUAUUUUCCAUCGACACGAUCAAACCCAACGUUCUUACUGACGGAUGUGCUACGAAAAGUGGCGUACCAGGAAAAACGCGGACAGUAUUUGAAGUUCGAUCGAAGGACUUGUCCCAUCUUCCCCUCGUCGACUUCCAGCCCACGGACUACGGGCUUCCAAAUCAAGCAUUCGGCUUCGAGGCGGGCCCCGUUUGCUUCAAGUAGUGAGACCGAACCCCGAUUCUCGCACCCGGCAGCAAUAAUGUCUUUUUCACGUUCAUCCAAGUCACCAAGGUGGACUGUACCAGCGUUCUUAUUAUGGCUUCUCAGCCAAGGCCUCUUCUGGAAGUCCUGGAUGUGGAGCGACCCGAACAAUGGAGAAGGUACAUCGCGGAAGCUGGAGGUACGUGUAGGAGAUACAAAUACUGCUGGUGCAGGAUGCCCUACACCCCGGCAACAACGUCUAUGGACCUGCUUUGGACCCAGAAGGACUGACCGUAAGACGACCCCAGCGAGGCUUGACCACUCUAUGGAUCCCGAGUCUCCGGACUCACCUGAUGACGACUUGGCGUUGAUGACCGACCUCUCAAGGACCUACCGUAGUGAACUCUCGUGUAUUGUUGAUGUAGCUAGCAGCAUCUGUGAAAAAACUUAUCCCGACGCGCGUGUUAUGGGGAUCCAAUGGACCUACAAGCGCAACCCGAGAGGCUGUGCAAGGACAUGGAGAAACAAAGAUGGUGUAUCUAAUUUUUGUACAAAGUGUAUACAGUUGGGGUUUUUGUGCUUAAUUAAUAUAAGCCACGGUAUUGUACCAGUCACUGCCAGUAUCUCUUGUCUACACUUUCACCCGCUGUUCUACUUUCUUUUCUAUAGGGGCGACUCAAGAUAUUGUUUAUACAUUAAGGACAGUAUUUUUUACAAUUUGUAUAAAGUCUUAACUAAAUGUUGGAAGUGUCCGAUUAUGUUUUUAUUAUUAGACAAGAAUAGAUCUAUUCUUGAAUAAUA